GGCAACAAAGACAAAAAGUCCCUUUUGCCCCUCCUAUCCACUCCCACGGUCCCACCAGGCAUGCUCGGCCGGCUCGCGCAUGGAAUCGUGACAUUCGUCCUUCCGCCGACGGACUCCGGCGAGGCGGGGGCUGGCUGAAGAGCGCCAUCUUGAUCUGUGGGGUCGUCGGGGAGCUCACCGUCGGCGGGCGGGGCCAGGUCGCGCGGCAGGGAGCUGGACCAGACGGCGUCAGCUUCAGCCGCGGCGCGGAAGGCCGGCGAGAUCGCGGCGGCGCGGUCCGGUCCGGCGAAGCCGACAGGAGGUCCUCCGGCGUUUCACGAUUCUUCCGCUCUCGGUCUUAGGGGUGGGGGAUGACGGCGGAGGGGAAGAGCGGGGUGCGGCGGUGGCUCGUCGACAUCAGCAGCUGGCGCCCCUCCUCCGCCCAGUUCGACGCUGCAGCCGCCCUCCUGCCGCCGCACGAGCGCCCCGCCAUCUCCAGGUUCGUGAAAGAGGACGACAGGAAGCGGGCGCUCGUCAGUCGUCUGCUGCAGUACUCGCUCGUGCACCAUCUUCUCCACAUCCCGUUCCACCAGAUCAACAUAUGCCGCACAGCCGAGGGGAAACCGUACCUAAAGAAUAAUUGUUCAGACUUCCCGAACUUCAACUUCAGCACCUCGCACCAGGGAGACUAUGUCGGCAUUGCAUCAGAACAGCUUUACCUUGUUGGCCUUGAUAUUGUAUCUGUUUCCGAGCCCCAUGGAGAAACCGCCACCGAGUUUGUCAGCAACUUCUCGUCGUACCUCACUGACCAUGAGUGGAACUGCAUCGUUGGUGCUGGCACUCCCAGGGAUGUGCUGACAGAGUUCUACAGGUAUUGGUGUCUCAAAGAAGCAUUUGUCAAAGCCGUAGGUGCUGGCAUUGGGUUUGGGUUGCGUCGACUUGAAUUCCACCAUGAAGACUGGACUAACAUUUCCAUUUGUAUUGAUGGUGAAGUGUCUAAGAAAUGGAGAUUCUGGCUUUUCAAACUUGAUGAAACACACUUGGCAUCUAUAGCAAAAGGGCAUCCAGAGGAUGGUAUAAACAGCUUCAAGAAAACAUUGUCCAAUGUGAUUAUUGCAGAGAAACAGUUAUCUUCUGCACUAUAUAGUCCAGAAGAAGCUUUUACUUUGCGUACAGUGGAACAGCUUACACAAUCAUCAUAGGGGUAAUUGGCUAACAGGUAUCAGGCAUUCUUGACAUCUACAGUCACCUACAACAGCAGGACCAUAUAAUAGAUGUCUGAAUAUGUUCCCAGCACUCCAGGCUCCUAAUAAUCUAAUAUACAGCCACAUGUCAACCAUGGAAGGUCUUGUUUUACAGCUUCAUCAUGAAAAUUAGGGAAGAUGCAUCUCUUCUAUUACAGAAAGUGGUGUUGUAGCCUUUGGUUUUCUAUGACAGAAGACCAUACCAGGAGCACGAGGUCUUUCUAUUGGCUUGGGAGGACCUUGUAGGCCUACUCUCCAUUCCUCCAGUCAUGUAGUGCCAUGGGGAUAGACAUUGGCGUGCCAUACGUUGACAAAAAAAGGGAAUUUCUCUUGUAAAUGAGAGCAAUAUACCAUCUUUAGAGAUUUGACACACAUGAAUAUGAGUGACAGCGGAGGUCUAUUUUACGAUGAAUUCAGUCUGCUCAUAAUGAAGUGCAGUUGUCAGUUGAUCA